AUGGUGACAAUUGAAAUUGAAAUUGAACUUGCCGGCAUAACCUUACCUGAAACCAGACCAUUUCCAAUGGUUCCCGAGGUAUCCUUAAUAUGGGAUAAGCCUAGUCAAUCCACAAAGAUAAAUGAUAAUCUACCAAAUACAAUGCCUGAAUUAAGGAUAUAUAGCGAACAUGAUACAAAUUCUAAAGGAUCUGAAUCUUAUGCUGCAUGGAAAGAAAAACAGUUUCCUCAACAAACAAGCAAAAUAUCAUCUAGUAAUCUUAACAAACCUUAUACUUCUCACAAUAAGAGCUUGCAAGAUAAUUAUAGACAAGCCAUCAAAAGCGAGAGAAGAGAUAACAGAAGAGAUGAAAAAAGAGAUGAAAAAAGGGAUGAAAGACAGGAUGAAGAAAAGGAUGAACAAAGAAAUGAAAGAAGGAAUGAAAGAAGAGAUGUACAAUGGGAGGACACAGAUAUUUAUGAUGAUAGGAGAUAUUAUGAUCAUGUAUAUAAUGAAGAUUGUCAUAUUCCACAUAAAUCAAAAAUUCAUAGAUCAUCUUCACAUUCCAAUGUAGAUCAUUAUCUUCAUAGAAGUAUUCCUAUGGAAUACGAGUGUAAGUCAAAACAUUCUAGAUCGUUACAACCAAUUCAUUGUAGUCCAGAACAUUCUCAUAAUUGUUCAGGUUGCUGCAGUUUGAAUCAAAGUAAAUCUAGUAGAGAUACAGAAACAGUGAAGAAUUUAUUACAAGUUAUUACUAGUCAAAAUGAGCAGAUUAAAAACUUACAGAAACAGUUAGAACGUGUUUUAAAAUUAUACGAACAAAAUAUAAAAGAUCACUAUCAAUGUCCUUGCCAUUCAGGCGGAAUUGUUUAUCAAAAUACUCAAUUAUACGACCAAUCUCAAACAACUAAUUUACCUAUUCCACAUAAUAAUUUGGUUAAAGAUAAUGAAAAAAAUUUGUCUGAUAAAACUCAACAUGAAAAAACUAAACAAACUAUUUUAGAACAAAAGGUUUCUAUUGGAGUUAUGACAAGUUUUGAAUUAAAAGUCCAAAAUAAUCCAUCAUUGGGAAUUGAUAAUGAUACAAAGCAAAAAAAUAAUCAUGAGAAGGUAGUAUCCAGUCUUGAAACCUCAAAUAUGAUUAAAAAUCUUGUAAACGAUACUGGAGAAAUGAUAAGAAAAAAACAAAAUAUUUUUACUCCUACACCACUUGAAAAUAUUAGUGAAGGAUCAGAAAGUCAUAUUUCUUCUUUUCGUCAAAGCCAUCUAUAUUCAGAUUCAAUUAGACCGAUAAUUUCACAAGAUUCUUCUGAAGCUAAAAAUGCAAAUUAUUAUAAGUACAAUGUUAUAAAAGAAACUGAUAAUGUAAAAAAGAAAGGGGAAUCUAAAAGAUAUACAGUAGCAACUAAUGAUAAGAAUAUUAGAUAUACAAGUAAUUUAGAUUAUGAUGUCAAUGAACCAAUAUUUAAAGAUACUUUUGAUGAUAAUGAAGAAGAAACAUAUGAAUAUAAUCUUCCAUAUGAAGAUUUACCUUCUUUAGCAGAGAAAAAGAAAAAGACUGAUGAUUUUAAUGUAGAGCCUAUAUUAAAUGACAUUAUAAAAACAAAAAAUAUUAAAUUUGAUCAAUUUGCUGAUGAAUGCUUAAGUUUGAGUAGUAGUGAAUUGGAUUUAGAAGAACCAAAUCCACCAAGUCCUGAACCAAGUAUUCAUGUAGAUUUACAAGAAUAUUCAAGUGAAAAUGGCAGUUUACCACCUCAGCGAUCGGCUAAAGUUGGAUGGACAUUGUACAAUAAUGUAGUUGAUCAGGUCAAUCAAAUUUUACAAAAUUCACCAUUAAAUAAUAAUUCAGAGCAAGAAGCAUCGGAUGGCAUGAGGAAUAUGGAGAAAAAGGAAAUUGAUAACAAUGUCAUUAUGGACACUGUUAAAGCAGCAACCCUAGAGCAAUUGACAAAACUUGGGAUCAGUUUUUCAGAUAAUGUGGAACAGAGAGAGCCUCACAGCAACAAAAAAGUUGCGUUUGAUACAUCAUAUUAUUCGAGACAGAUUCCGGAUACGCAUGUAGUCACCACCAGUGCCAGUAUCGAAACUAAUACGAGCUUGCAUAUGAAAGCCCUAGCUAUGAAAUAUUUAAAUGAUGAACAACUAGGAGAUAUAGCAUUUCAAAAGCCACGACUUCCUAAUUUGAAACAAGGGCACAAUAAUAUUCAAAAUACAAAUAUGUCUUUUGCUACAAUGCAUUAUUUGCAACGCUAUCAUCUACUUCCUGGUACAAAUUCCAAUCAUAUACAAGAAACUAGACUGGACGAACAUCAUGGACAAGGACCAGUAAUUAAUGAGAGAUUGGUCAUGAAAGCCCCGGAGAGGAGAGAAGCAAGUCCUCAUAGGUAUCUACCUCUUACGGGAAGUUCAAAGAUCAGUUAUCCUAGCAAAAUUUUAGAUAUAUCAACUUUAAAACAACAACCAAAACUUUUGUAAGAUAAUCUAUUAUAUUAUAUUUAUAUAUUUUGAACCUACUAAUGUUGAUUGUAAUGCUGUAAUAUAAUAAUUUUGUACUUA